AUGUCUGUGACACUUAUCCUAGGCUUUGCUGCUGCGACGGUGUUCGUACAAGUCGUUCGCCUUGUGCUCACAUCAUGGCAACGUUCGCAAAAGGCCCGGAGCCUGGGCUGUGCCAGUCCACCACAUUAUCCCGGUAACGGCAUUAUUGGAUAUGAUAAUUUCAAAGCUUCAAUCAGGGCCGACAAAGCGAAGACUAUCCCGAACCUGUGGGAGGAACGAUUAAGGACGGUGUCUGAGAAGGAAAACCGCUUUGUAACGACUUUGGUCACCCGCAACCUUGGUCGCAAACACCUCUUCACCACAGACCCUAAGAACAUUCAGGCUGUUUUGGCUACUCAAUUCAAGGAUUUUGAAAUGGGUUCUGUUCGUGCUUCUAAUAUACACCAUCUUCUCGGUACCGGAGUUUUCACUGCCGAUGGUGAGGAUUGGAGUCGUUCGCGCGCAUUGCUGCGACCACAAUUUACUCGGGAUCAGAUCAGUCAACUUGAAUUGGAAGAAACACAUUUCCAGAACGCCAUGCAGGUUCUCCCGGUGGCUGCGAAUGGAUGGACCGACGUAAAGGACAUUCAGACCAUUUUCUUCCGACUGACUAUGGACUCUGCCACGGAAUUUUUGCUUGGUGAGAGUGUCGAUAGCCAGCUAGAGGCGCUGAAAACUACCGGGGUCACUGAGAAAGGAUUUGCCUAUCACUUUGAUCGCGCGCAGUGGGUUUGCGCCCAGCGUCUUCGCUUCGAGAAACUCGGAUUCUUGGUGACAUCCAAGGAGACAAAGGAAUCGGACAAGGCGGUUCAUGAUUUCGUCGACAAAUUCGUGCUCAAGGCUCUUAACCAGGCGAAGAACAAAAAGCCCGCUGAUGAAGAGAAGGCUAAGUAUGUCUUUAUCGAUGCCCUAGCUGCUGCCACUCAAGAUCCCAUCGAGCUGCGCUCGCAGUCACUGAACAUCCUGCUGGCUGGCCGUGAUACUACCGCUUCGUUGCUCAGCUGGACUAUUCUUAUGUUGGCCCGUCAACCCGAGGUAUUCCGCAAACUCCGCGAGAGUAUCAUUGACACGUUCGGCACGUACUCCUCUCCGCAGAACCUGACCUUUGCCGCUCUCAAAUCGUGCCAGUAUCUCCAGUACUGCAUGAACGAAUCUCUCCGUCUCUUCCCCGUCGUUCCAGUUAACAGACGCGAUGCCUCACGCGAUACCACCCUCCCUCGUGGCGGUGGUCCGGACGGCGAGUCUCCAAUUUUCCUCAAGAAGGGCCAGUCUCUUAUUUAUAGCACUCACUGUAUGCAUCGCCGCGAGGAUAUCUGGGGCGCAGACGCUGCCUUUUAUAAGCCUGAUCGCUGGUUCAACCGAAAGGUUGGCUGGGAGUAUAUUCCCUUCAACGGCGGUCCGCGUAUUUGCAUCGGUCAGCAGUUCGCCCUCACUGAAGCCGGAUAUGUUCUCGUUCGUCUGCUCCAGCGCUUCGACAAGAUCGAGGAUGUAAAUCCCGACAGGGAGAUUCGUUGGAGGUUGACUCUGACUAGCUGUCCGGCCGAUCUGGUGACCGUUCGCCUGCAUCAGGCUGACGACGCCUAG